UAUGUUCAUCGUAUUGGCCGGACGGGACGGGCCGGAAAAUCUGGGACUGCAAUAACCUUUCUUACUAAAGAUGACAACGCUGUUUUUUAUGAUCUUAAACAACUACUGCUUCAGUCACCUGUGUCUACCUGCCCGCCGGAGCUGGCAAACCAUCCGGAUUCGCAGGCCAAGCCAGGAACUUUUGUUGGAUCGAAGCGUCGCAAGGAUGAGACUGUCUUCAUAAAUUAG